UCCCAGCGGAAACGUGGAAGAGGAAAACCUGAGGCGAACUGAAAAAGCAGCAGCAGCAGCGAGCAAGAAGCAGAAGCACAAGCAGCAAAAAAGGUUCGCAACCCGUUUAAACGAAAACGAAAAAAAAACCUAACCCGUUUACCCAAAAAAAAAAAGAAAAUCCAAAACCAGUGCUUUCGAAAUCCAAAAUUUUGGGAAACCAAGAAAAAAGUGCAAAAAUCGUGUGGCAAAUUCCUUUUUUUUCGCGCAAGCUGAAAAAAAGAGCCGUUAUGCGAGCGAGCGAGCUCACGAAAAAUUUCGCUGUACACCAAAUGUUUUCCCAACAGAACCGCUGCUGCGUGAAAAUUUCAUUUUCAUUUUCUCGCCAAAAGCGGAAAAACUCGCCGCGAGUGCAGUGAAAAGGCCCCUGUGAAAGAUAUAUAAUUCCGGGAAAAUGGUGGGCCAGUGAAAAGUAAAAGUGUAAGCAUAUCGAUGAAGGAAAAAAAAAGAAAGAGCAACGUAAAACACUACACUCUCCCACACACACGCAAACACACCUACACAUGACAGCCCACCCACCCACAUGCUGAUGCAUAUAUGUAUGUACAAUAUGCAAAUGCGGGUAAUCACUCUAAUACCGAGGCAAAGCGAAAGGCUGAAUGAAACCGAAAUUAUAGAAAAAUGCAUAAAUAAAAUCGGAGAAUUCAAUUGCAUUUAAGCAUAAAACGGCGCGCACACACGCACACACACACACACUCGCAGGGAAGCAUAUAAAAAGAGCGAGAGGCAAUCGUCCGAGGGGCAGCCACAGCAUGCCGUACGAGUCGAUGCACCAUCAUCAGUCGGCGGCCGCUGCCGUGGCCGCUGGCAGCGCCCCCAACGGAAUGCUGGACGCCCUCAGCCUGCAGCUGCGCGACGCGGAGAUGCGGCGCACGGAGAUCGAGCGGGCGCAUCAGGAAACCCUGGCACAAAUACGCAAUCUAAGCGGAAGCGCACGUCCCGAUGCCGAGGCGGUGGAGAAUCUGCAGUCGAGAGCCCGGGAACUGGAAAAGAAGGUUGCGCUAGAAAAUGUGCGCUGCGAGGAGUUGCAAAUCGAACUGACCUCGGCGCUGAAGGCCAAACAGGCGUCCCGCUCGGUCUGCUCCGGAAUGGGCAGCAUGUCCUCCGGGGCCAUGUCCUCCGCCACCAUUCCUACAUCGGCCAGCAGCUCCACCGUCACUUGGGCACCGACAAUCAGCCACCAGGACCAAGGCUCCGAGAUCGAUAUCAUAAUGGCAAAGAUUGAGCAGGAUAAUCGCGUGCUGGCCGAGCUGGAGCAGCCUCGCACCUCGGCCAGCGCCAGCAUGUCAGCAUUGCCGCCCAGUUCCAUGAUGAGCACGGUAAAUAGCGAAUUUAGAACCAUAUCAAAGAGUGAACUCGAAGAAGAACUGAACCGUUACAAAAGGGCCGUUCUUGGCGGAGGAGGAGGAGGAGGUGGAGGCGAAAGGGGCGGUGGCAUUUCGGCCCUCUCCUCCGGCUACUCCAGCCUCCCGCAGUCGCUGGCCAACGGAGGCGGAGGCGGAAGCGGAGGGGGCGGGGCCAGCACCAGCCUGAGCGGCACCAGCCUUGGCUCGCACAGCGCAGCCGCCGCUGCUGCUGCCGUGGCCGCCGCCUCGGGAGGAGGAUCGGGAUGCGGGAUCGGUCCUGGAGGCGGAGGCGGAGGCGGUGGCCUAUCAUCCAUAUCGGCCCUGGUGCCCAACUCAAUCAGCGGCAUAUCCUCGAGUCUGAGCAGCCAUGCCAUUCAAUCCAUGCAGUAUGGCGCCGGACAGACGUCCGUGGAGAAGCUCCUGAGCGGAACUAGUGGAAUCACUGGCAUUCCACCCCUGCCGGUAAAUAUUCACACGAUGAAGGCUAUGCCGACGGCAUUAAGUCAGCGCGGAACAAUACAGCUGUACAAUUUGCAGAGCACAACCAUGCCCCUCCUGUCACUCAACUCGCAUAACCUGCCGCCCGCCGGCUCGUCGAGCUACUCGGGAUUGGGCGUCGGUGGCGGUGGCUCCUCGCUGACGCAUCCCUCGAUGGCCAAUCUGGGCAUCCUGGACACUGGUGCCCUCCUGGGAGUGAGUGCCGCCGGCCUGGGAGGAUUGGGUGGCAUGGGACCCGGUGGCGGUGGCAUCACCGGAGCCACCUCACUAUACGGAUUGAGCGGCGGCGGCGGAGGCGGAGGAGCCGGUGGUCUGGGCAGCUCCUAUGGUCCACCCUUCCUGGACGUCGCCUCGAGCGCCUCGUACCCGUUCACCGCCGCCGCCCUGCGACAGGCGUCCAAGAUGAAGAUGCUGGACGAGAUCGAUAUACCGUUGACACGGUACAACCGCAGCUCGCCCUGCUCGCCCAUCCCGCCCAGCAAUUGGGGACUGGACGAGUUCACCGACGGCCUCAGCGUCUCCAUGAUGCACAACCGCGGCGGCCUGGCACUGGGUGCCCUGGAUCUGGACACUCGCAAUCACGGGCUGAAUGGAGCCAGCGAACCGCAGGUGGAUAUGCUCGAUAUUCCCGGCAAGGGACGCUGCUGUGUGUUCAUAGCCCGUUUUCCUUACGAUCCUCCAGAUGUUCAUAAUGAAUUCCUUUCCAUGCCUUGCAGGGAGGCUGAGGGCGAGCUCUCCCUGUGCGCCGGCGACUAUCUGCUGGUGUGGACCAGCGGGGAGCCCCAAGGAGGCUACUUGGAUGCCGAACUCCUAGACGGGCGACGCGGCCUGGUUCCAGCCUCCUUUGUGCAGCGUUUAGUGGGCGACGACCUCCUGGAGUUCCACCAGGCGGUGCUGUCGACGCUGCGCGAUGCCGAAGAUGGUUCGAUGCAGUGCGACACCACAUCGCUGCCCUCCUUGCCGCCGCACAACCCAUUGCUCACACACACCCACGAGGAUCUGGCCCGUUUGAGUGAGACGCACACCGAUCUGGAGCACGACCAGGACGACAUCAGCGACAAUGUUCCAGCACCCAAGCACUUGACGCUGGAACGGCAGCUGAACAAGAGCGUGCUCAUUGGCUGGUCGCCGCCGGAGCCAGUGGGCUACAACCUCAUCGACAGCUACCACGUCUACGUGGACGGCGUGCUCAAGGUCACCGUGAAGGCCAACGAACGCACACGCGCCCUAAUCGAGGGCGUCGACUCCACGCGGCCGCACCGCAUCAGCGUGCGGAGCGUGACCCAGAACCGGCAGACCUCUAGGGAUGCCGCCUGCACGAUGAUCAUCGGGCGGGACACCGCCCACCUGGGCCCCUCGGCGGUGCGCGCCUCGCACAUAACGUGUUCCUCGGCGGUCAUCUCGUGGCUGCCGGCCAACUCGAACCACCAGCACGUGGUGUGUGUGAACAAUGUGGAGGUGCGCACCGUCAAGCCGGGCAUGUACAGGCACACGAUCACGGGCUUGGCGCCGAGCACCCAGUACCGGGUGACCGUGCGGGCCAAGCACCUGCGGGCCGUGGGCCAACAUGCCUCGAAUCCGAUGGGCCAGACAGGAGUCACCGGGCGGCCGGGUCAGGAGGAGGCGCCCGGAGCGUAUGCCGACUUCCGCACUUUGACCAAGGGACUGCCCGAUCCGCCGCAGGAGAUCCAGCUGGAGGCCGGCCCGCAGGACGGUACCAUUCUGGUGACAUGGCAGCCGGUUAACAGGCCCACCUCGACGGGGCCUGUAACCGGCUAUGCUGUGUACGCCGAUGGUAAGAAGGUCACCGACAUCAACUCGCCUACUGGGGAUCACGCCCUCAUCGAUAUCGGCAAGCUGGGCGUCUUCAAUCCGCGCGCCGUCACCAUCCGCACCAAAUCGAGGGACUCCCAGUCGGCGGACAGUGCGCCCAUCUUGAUACCAAAUACCGUGCGCAAUGCCGUCGCCCGAAGGGUUCCCAACCAGAUGGGCAUGGGUCCGCAGUUGCCCCAAGGACCUCACGGGAUGCAGCAGCAGAUGGGUGGGAUGCCGGGGCAGCCGGGUCAACCGGGUCAGCACAUGAUGGGUCAGCAGGACCAUGGGCAGUACGAUCCCAACCAGAUGCAGCAGCAGCAGCAGCAGGGAAUGCAGCCUCAGCCUGGUCAGCCGGGUCACCAGCCCGACGGAGGCUCCGGAUUGUUAGGUGGCCUGCUCGGUGGCCUCUUCUCGAAACCCACACAGACUCAAGUGAACCAGAAUGGCUACAAUCAACCAGGGCAACCGGGAACGCAAAGGGGCAUGGUUCCGAUUCCGGGAAGGGCCCAGGGACCCCAGCAGCAGCAGCAGCAGCAACCCUACGGCCAACAGGGUCCCAUGGGAGGACCACGCUUUCGAGGACCAGUUCCUGGCCAGCUAAACAUGCAGGGCCAGCAGAUGCAGGGUCAAAUGCAAGGGCAGAUGCAGGGUCAGAUGCAGGGUCAAAUGCCUGGUCAGAUGCCUGGUCAAAUGCCGGGUCAAAUGCCUGGACAAAUGCCUGGUCAAAUGCCUGGUCAGAUGCCGGGUCAAAUGCCUGGUCAAAUGCCUGGACAAAUGCCUGGUCAAAUGCCCGGUCAAAUGCCCGGUCAAAUGCCUGGUCAAAUGCCUGGCCAGAUGAUGGGACCACGAGGACCGCUCAACCAACAGCAGGGUCAGAUGAUGCCCGGCCAGCAGCCGGGACAGCCAGGACAACUAGGACAGCCGGGACAGGCGGGUCAGCCCGGACAACCGGGACAGAUGCCCGGGGCCCAGAAGAAACCCCGCUACUUUGUGGCCAUGUUCGACUACGACCCCUCGACGAUGAGUCCCAAUCCCGAUGGCUGCGACGAAGAGCUGCCCUUCCAGGAGGGCGACACGAUCAAGGUAUUUGGUGAUAAGGAUGCGGAUGGCUUCUACUGGGGCGAACUGCGUGGUCGCCGUGGCUAUGUGCCGCACAACAUGGUCUCCGAGGUGGAGGACACCACUGCCUCGAUGACGGCCGGUGGCCAGAUGCCCGGUCAAAUGGGCCAAGGUCAAGGUCAAGUGGGCGUCGGCGUAGGCGGCACUGCCCAGGUGAUGCCCGGCCAGGGAGCUCCGCAGCAAAGUAUGCGCAAUGUCAGUCGCGAUCGGUGGGGCGACAUCUAUGCCAAUAUGCCGGUGAAGCGGAUGAUCGCGCUCUACGACUACGAUCCCCAGGAGUUGAGUCCCAAUGUGGAUGCCGAGCAGGUGGAAUUGUGUUUCAAGACGGGCGAAAUCAUACUCGUUUACGGUGAUAUGGAUGAAGACGGUUUCUACAUGGGCGAGCUGGACGGCGUGAGGGGCCUGGUGCCGUCGAACUUCCUGGCGGACGCGCCCGACCAGUACAACAACCAGAUGGGGCCGGGCGGAGUGGCCGGCAGAGGCGGGCUGAGCCAGAGGGGCAGGGGUCAGGGGCCAGGAGCGAGGGGUCCGCCGCCCCCGCCACGCGACAACAUGAUGCCCGGAAUGGGCGGGCGCGGCCAGCCGGGCAAAAAUGCUCGCCCUGCUUCCCCUACACUGUUAGACAACACGGGCCAUCCUGCCCCCGAUCACCAAACGCAGGGGAUGAUCGGUCGCGUUGGUAAUGUCGGCCUGCAGCAGCAACAGCAGCAGCAGCAGCAGCAACUCCAACAGCAGCAGCAAUAUGGUCAGCAGCAGCAGCAGCAGCAGCAGCAACAGCAGCAAAUGGGACAACCUGGAAUGAUGGGUCAGCAGCAGCAGCAGCCGACGAUGGGUCAGCAGAUGGGACAGAUGGGUCAAAUGGGACAGAUGGGUCAGCAGAUGGGUCAGCAGCAGAUGGGUCAGCAGCAGCCGCCGGUGACGACACAGGCCCCAACGGGCGGACUCUUCUCCGGCGCAACUAGCCUGCUCUCUGGUGCUACGUCGGCUGCCACCGGUGGUCUAUUUGGGUCGAAGCAACCGCCCAAGACGGAUCCAAUGCAACCACAAGGUGGUGUGCAGCCAGUGCAGCAACAAGCAAACGCCUUCGGUGCCCAGCAGCCGGGAAUGCAGGGAGUGCAGGGAAUGCAGGGGGUGGGGAUGCAGCAGCAGCAGGGGAUGCAGCAGCCCGGAAUGCAGCAGCAACCCGGCAUGCAACCCGGCAUGCAACCCGGAAUGCAACAGCAGCAACAACAAGUGCCACCGCAAGCCCAGGCUCCGCCUCAAGGACCGGGCGCCGGUCUGCUCGGCGGGCUCAAGGGCAUCGCUGCGGCGGCGCCCGGCGGCGAUGUCCUAUCGAAAGGCAAAGAUCUAUUCGGAAAAUUCGGGUUCGGCUUUGGCAAAUAACCCCGGUCAUUCUAUAGGGUCCUGUUAUAUUAUUCGUAGAUUAGACUUAUUAUUACUAUUAUGAUUAUGAUUAUUGCUAUUGAUUACGAUUACUAAGCUAAUAUAUAUAUAAAAAACCAGAAACCAAAAAAAAACACAGAUGACAGACAAACCAAGAAAUGCUAAAGUUAAAAAAAGGAAAGCCCAUUUUGAAACCCGGUCCGCUGUGUUGUUGUUGUUGUUGAAUAUGAUAUGAUAUGAUAUGACUAAUAGUACUAAUGGUAAUAUUUUUUAUUAAUUAAAUUGAUAGAAAUAUUAUGAGUGACCGACACAACAGCAGCAGCAACGGCCUCACAGUUGGAACCGAGAGAAAAGCCCAGAUAAAUUGUUGUAAAAUUAUUUAACAAAUUGCCUGCCGGUUUAGGUGACUGCAACUCGAUAAAGACAAAGAUUCCACUAACACUAGCCCCAUUAACAAAAAAAAAGGAUAAAGCUCUAUAAUACCAGACUCACACAUACAGACACAUAGAUACUGAACACACACAUAUAUUAUACAAGAAUACAAAUACAAAAUACAAGUAAGGGAGGAGAAAUAUAUUAUAUACAUACAUUAUAUUUACAAUUAUUUGUUAACGCACAUUGUUAAAUUUGCUACUGUUGCUGACCAGUUUAUAAAUAAAAACCAAAAAUGAAGGAGAAAAGAAGGAGGAAAGAGAAGAGAAGAUAAAGCAAACACAUAAGGUAAACUAAACCAAACAUAAACAUACAUAUAUUAUAUGUAUAUAUUUAAAGUAUAUUGAAAACUAAAUUGAGAUACACUAAAAUUACAUUUAUAAAUCAAAAAAACACAACCGAAUGUUGAGCAAUGUCAGACAGGCGGAUGAAAGAUACAUACAUUAAAGUAAAUAAAUAAAUCGAUAUGGUACAUAUUUACAUAUAUUCGCAUAUACUAAAUACGAUUUCGCAUUCAAGCCAACCUCCAAUCGGGCGCAUUUCCAAGACAAGGCGACCUUGACUUCCAGUCCAGCACAAGAAGAUAUGACAUUCUAAAUCCCAAAACCACCAUCCCAGCCCCCUUCUUUCCAAUCCAGUGAUAAUCGAAGCCAAAUCUGAAGAGCCCCCAUCCCAAAAAACAACCCAUCCUUCGACUGCUCGACUCAAGAACUUCUAUUCUACGCCCCACUUUUUCAGUGUUUGAUGUCCAUAGAAGCCAUAUGCGAUAAAUAUCAGUGUAACUUAAAGCAAACCAAAGACCAAGAGAGAUCUACUCCUACAUACAUAUAAUGGGAUUCCCAAAUGGCAAAUACAAAAUAUAAUGUACUAAGCACAAGAUAAAAGAUCGUAGCAUUAGACGACCCAGGAGACAUGUUCACUAAAUUCAAAGCAAGGAGACGUUUUUCACACCUUCUCUAGCAACUUAAGCCGCCCCCUGCUAUCUACUUCCUAUCGCUGUCCAAAGACACCCUACCCAACUAUCUUUCGAUCGUUAUUUUAAUACUACCAAUUACCAACUAUCAAUUACCAAUUACCAACUACCAAUUACCGAUAGUUAUACGCCGCAUACGACUACUUCUGUUCCUCGCUCUCUCUCUCGGGGAACUUUGCUUUUAUCUCUGGUUAUCUCCGGUUUUGAGAACGGAACAGAAGCAAAACAGUCAAGUGUUUCCUAAUGUUUGAAAAUUGCUUUCACUCAGCCCUCAGAAAAAAAAAACAAAAAACACUCAGCAUACACAAAAACAAAUACAUCGCGUACCUCUUGCUUUACGAAAAUACAAACAUUCAAGAAAUGGAAAGUAUAAAAAUAAAAUAUAUUAAUGACAAAAUUUACCAAACAAAUAUAUUAAACAAGGCAUAUUUAAAGAGCGCAUAGAGUUGCAUAUGUACAUGUGCUUGGCCGGCAAAAACAAGAAUAAUUGUGAGCGAACGAUUACUUUAGACACACACUUACAUAGAUACACUGCAACAAGAAACCGAACACUGUAAAUUGUAAACUGGCAAAUAAGUAGACGGGGCAGGGAUAGUAGAGAUGAGAUGAGGUGAACUUACCGAAUUCGAAACGAGCGUUAACUUUUCCCACGUAAAUGAUUUAAAUCUUACAAUCAAGUCACUGUAUUAUUCAGCCACAUCGGAUAGACAAUUACAAUCUACAAGCCUGACUUCGGCCUCCACCGAAGCCGCAAAGUUCCCGUUUCCGGUUUAGAUAUAUCUCGUUUCCGGUUUACGGGGACAGACCGGAAAUACACACAGAAAGCAGACACAGAAACACACUAACACACAACUCUAUAAUCAUUUACUAGACACACACCUAUACAAGUAUACAACAGUUUAUUUCCUCGGAAACAAAGCGAACAAUAUAGAAUAAUUGAAAUUAAAAUCCCAUAAAAAAACAAACAAAAUAACACACUGGCAAAAACAAUGAUAAUGGCAAAGAGUACUAUGCAAUAUGAAAAUGGAUAAAAAAGAAAACAAAUGAAAACCAACUAAAUUGUUAUACUGUAUUAUUAUACUUUUUCUAUAAAUUAUAAUUUCCUUAUUGAACGAGAAAAGCGAAAAAAAAUAAUAAUUAAACAACAAUUUCAAAGAAAAAAGAACCGGCAUUUCAAUUACUUUAAUUAGUAGCGG